GUUCGACCCGCACGGAGAAUCCAAAUUCUCGGACCAAACCAGAGAUUACCUCCGGCGAACACACGAUUCAAUCUUCGACCUGACAGAGAAACAGAGUAACAGAACAAUGAUCGAGUUCAUCACAAUCCAUAGGAAUCUCAUACUCCAAAUCCUUGCCCCAAUCUUCUUAACCCUAAUCCUCGCAUUUCUCAGGAUUCCCGUCGUCUUCCUCCACGGCCUCUGCACCUACGUCCAACCGGAGAAUCUCGGCCAAAACAACACCGGCGGCGGUGGAAUCAAAGCCGCCAUUCGACGGCCAUCUGAUGAUCCGAAAGCCAAUGUAGAGCUCAAGAGGAGGAACAGAUCUAAGGACAAGUUCGAGUUCGACGAGAGCAAUGCCCAGAUCUUCCGGAUCAAGCUCGACGAGGACCACCUCAGAUCUCGGCUUUAUUACAACGAGUACAAAAACUGUUUCGUUUUGUCCUUCUUAGCUGUUUCCUGUCUUCUGCUACACAAAUACUUAGGUGUAGGAGACGACAAUAUAGCUCUGGCGAAUGGGUUGAUGGUUCCGCUUGUUCUCGGAUUUGUGGCUCUGUGUAAGGUGCUUGCUGCUCUAGCUAGAAUUUCGCUCGAGCGAUCUGCGUCAAAGAAGUCUGAGAAGAGAUUGAGCUUGAUUUUCGGGGGUCUAGGGUUUGUUUUUGGGAUCGUGAUCAGUGCUGGCAUUUUCCCGAAUGGAUUCGAUUUCAAUUUGGGUUCAGUUGAUGGAUUCUGGUGCAUAUUCAUCUCGGUUUCAAUGGCUUGCAUCUCCGGUUUUCUCUACAUGCCCGCUGGGCGAAGUGCGCGGUCAUUCUGGGUCGGAACAGAUCAAAUCCGGUCAAAUUUGUCGAUGAUUUCAUGCGGAUGGUUAGGUAGAAUGAUUCUCUACGCGAACUACAUAGCUUCGGCUUUCACUUCGCUGCUUUGGAUUAAGCCGUUGACAGAGAUUCUAGUGAAAAAGAACCUUGACACAACUAGCAUUAUCGGUUUUGUCGGUAACGUAGGUAUGCCAAUGGAAGAUUUCGCCAAGUUUCGGGUUUUAUGCUUGUUCUUGUCGGGUUUCUUGCAAGCUUUGGCUGUCCGUCCCAACCUGCAGAUGUUCUUGAACGAAGCCGUCUUAUCGUGGUACCAGAGAUUACAUGGAAGCAAGGUUCCCGAUUUGGAUUUCAGCCGGGCGAAAAUGUUCUUGCACAACCACUUCUUAUGCCUCGUGGCUCUGCAGUUCUUAGCUCCAUCUGUUCUGGUGCUCGUCUUCCUCGGCCUGUCUCAGAUCGAUCUGAGCUCUUUCUUCAUAUCCCGACUGGUAUGCGGUUCUUUGCCUUGUGGUGACUUCUUUCGACAAGUAGGUUUGUUAAUGUCUUGGUGGGUUCUCUUUAUUUGGUCGGUGCUUGCUUCAGCUAGCCUUGUAUUCUACCGCCGUGGUGUCUUGUAUGUCUCUUGAGACGAUACUUUUGGGCUUCCCCGAGGUUUUUCGGGUCGGUAUAUUCCCUGUAACAGGACAAUCAGUUUUGCGGAAUGUAGUUUUCUCGGUAUGUUUGUAUGUUAUACUCAGAAUCAGUUUAAGGUUUUGGUAUU